GUCAGGACGAUGGAAUCGAUAUGCCUUGUGGAGCCAUCUGCUGUUUCCGGCACACUGCGGGUGAACCGAGCCGCCUUGUCCUUCCUGAAGGCUCUGGAUGGCCCCCUUCAGGUGGUGUCCAUCUUUGGGCCCAAGGGGACAGGGAAAUCCUUCCUCAUGGACCAGCUGGCGGAGCAAGGCGAAGACUUCCCCCGCUCUCCAGGAAUAUGGCUAUGUUGUUCACCCCACCCUACAAAACCGGAUAAAACCCUGGUGUGGCUGGAUACGGAAGGUCUUCCGGAGCAAAUGGAGGAGGAUGAAACGUCCGUCUCCUUCAAACUGUUCCUUUUGGAAGUACUGCUGUGCAAUAUCUUUAUAUAUAACACCAGAGGUGCUUGGGAUCUCCAAAAAGAGCUUGAUAAACUGAUAUAUGUGAAGAUGCUUCCAGACAAAGUACAAGUCCUGGAGCACUGUCCUCAGGAGAACAGCUUCCUGCUUAGUAGCAUGCUGCCUGACUUUGUGUGGUGCCUUCGUGACGUGGUAUCUGACUCCUUUUGGGAAGAGGUGCUACAAGCCAUGGAUUACAACUUGGAUGCCCUCCUCCCCUCUCCGGCAGCCUUGGAGAACACACCGACCAACUAUAUCCAGGCCCUGUUCCCCUCUCAGAAAGCAUUUUGCUUCUGCUCCCCACAUGUGGACGGAAAGGACAGAGAGGCUGUCUCGUCCGACUUCCUGAAUCCCAUCUUCCAGGCUCAGCUUUGGUCGUUAAAAGAUUAUAUCCUGUACCACAGGCCCAAGAACUCCCUUGGAAGUAAAUUUUGCAGUGGGAAGGAUUGGUGUGCUGCACUGGAACGAUUCGUGGACGUGUUGUCUUUGGAUGGACCAAUCCUUCUGAACAAGAGCUGCGAUGGCCAAGAAGCGACAUUCUCUUGGCAUGAAAAUUAUGAGCGUUUUAAUGGCCCUGUGAUAGAUCCUCCCUGGGCAGCCCCAAAGACCCCCCAGUUGCUGGCAGAAGAACCUUGGCAGGAAAAUUACGAGGAUUUUAAUGAGCCUGAGAUAGAUCCUCCCUGGAAGUGUAAAGAGAUUCCCAGCGUCCCCCAGCUGCCAGUACAAGAACCCAGAAUUCCUCCACCGUCCUCCUCCUGGGCUGUCCCUUUGGUUGAUCCAAACAACAUGGAGGAACCAAUGUGUUUGAUAGAGAACAACCCGGGUGAGAAACUGCAGGUCAACCAGGAAGCCCUACAGCUCCUGGAGAGAAUCAAUCAGCCGGUGGUAGUGGUGGCCAUUGUGGGGCUGUACCGCACUGGCAAGUCUUACCUCAUGAACAAGCUGGCAGGAAAAGAUAAAGGAGGAUUUUCUCUGGGUGCCACAGUACAAGCAAACACCAAGGGCAUCUGGAUGUGGUGUCGUCCUCACCCCAGAAAGCCUGACCAUACCCUGGUGCUAUUGGACACAGAAGGACUAGGUGAUGUGGAGAAGAGCAAUAUUGAGAAUGACUCGUGGGUGUUUGCCCUCUCCAUUCUGCUUAGCAGCACCUUUGUGUACAACAGCAUGGGCACCAUUGACCAAUUUGCUUUGGAGAAACUGCACUACGUAACGGAACUGACAGAGCGUAUCAAGGUUAAGGCCUCGGGCAGGCGGAGCUGUGAGGAAGAUGACGAGAUUCCUGAUGACUUCAUCUGGUUCUUCCCGACUUUUAUCUGGGCUGUGCGUGAUUUCACCCUGCAGCUGGAGUUGGAUGGACACCCCAUCACUGGGGAUGAGUACUUGGAGAACGCUUUGCGGAGGAGGGAAGGUGGCCCUGAAAACUUAGACUUAGCCAAGAAGUACAUCCGUGAGUAUUUCCCCCGCCGCAAGUGCUUUGUCUUUGACCGCCCGGCCACACGCCAAGAAUUGGUGCAGCUGGAGGAUUUGCCUGAGAGGAAGUUAAACCCCGACUUCAUAGGAGAGGCACACCGGUUCCGGAGCUACAUUUUUGAGACGGCUGAGGCCAAAGUGAUCCCAGGGGGGCAUACAGUGACGGGGACACUUUUGGGGCACCUCGCAGUGACCUACGUGGACGCCAUCCGCAGCGGGGCCAUCCCGUGCAUAGAGAACGCGGUGCUGGCUUUGGCCCAGAUUGAGAAUUCAGCAGCUGUGUAUGACGGGAUAAAACGCUAUGAGGAGCUGAUGCAACUUAUGUUGGAGCUGCCGACUGAGACGGUCGAAGAGCUGCUGGCAGUGCACGUGGAAUGUGAGAAAGAGGCCAUCCAAGUGUUUCUGGAUCGUGCCUUCAAGGAUGAGGGCCAAGGGCACCAGGAGCAACUGAAGAACCAAAUCCAGACCAAGCUUGAGGAACUCUGCAGCCUCAAUGAGCAGGAGUCCUUGGAUCGCUGCCAUGCCAUUCUCUUGGAGCUCUUCCAGGAUCUGGAGGAGAAAAUCUGUAAUGGGAGCUACGCUGUACCAGGCGGCUACCAAUGUUUCCUGAAGGACCAGAGGAAAAAAGUGGAGGCUUAUAAUCAGGCCCCUUGCAAAGGACUAAUGGCUACGAUGGCCCUGCAGGACUUCCUGAAAUCCAAGGAGACAGCAGCCCAGUCCAUUCUGCAGGCGGACCGGAACCUCACGGACCGGCAGAGGGAGCUUGAAGUGGAAAAGGUGCGGGCUGCAGCCGCCGAGCGGGAAGCGGAGCUACAACGGCAGAUGAAAGAACAGACUCAGCGGAUGGCCGAACAGAACGAACGGAGUUACAGAGCGCAUGAAGCACAGCUCAGGACCAAGAUGGAGGAGGACCAUAGGAGGCAACUGAUAGAAUAUGAGAGGGUGCUGAACCACAAGCUCCAGGAGCAGCGGCAUCUACUGCAACAACAAAACCAUCAGGAAGCAGCAAGACUUCAGUCUGAGAUUGCGAAUCUGAAUCAUCGGAUCAAUAAUUCAGGCAAGAAAAAGAAAGGAUGUAUUAUCUGUUGAGAAGGGUUCUCUCUAGGACCCAGAGGACUCUUUUUUCCCCUCAGCUCAAGGUUGCGGAUGAAGAAGAACCCCUUUGGACUGGAUUUAAUCAGUGUUUUGUCAUUCUGAGUGUUCGUGUGAUGGGAAAAAAGCAGCAUUUUCAGCUUUAUAAAUAAAUAAAUUUAAAAUAUCAGUGGUAAGAUUGUAACAGAACUGUACACAGUAUUUCAAAGAAGGCAUUAAAAUAUGAAGUCAUUUU